UCAAAUUUAAAUAUAACCUUGAGAGAUUCUUUUGGUGUCUUAGUGCGUUGCAACGGGAGAAACAAAGUUAUUAAAAAAAAAGAAGACCAGGGAAUGCUAUCCUUGUUUCUCCCCACAUUGUAAUUCUAAUCUUUCAUAUAAGUCAGCUAGGAGUUUCGUUGCCGAAUAUUAGAGAUCUGUUUGUCCAUAGAUGAUUACGAGGGAGAUCUAUUUUGACUAUUCAUGUUUUUUUGCCCCUCUAUAAGAAUUGCACUGGUAUAUACAUAUAGCUUGGGAGUAUAUCUAUUCAUACCGAUCUAGAUAACAAAUCACUCAAGAUGUGAGUUUAUGGUUUGAUCCAUGAACUAAAAGAAAGCUUAAAUAUAAUUGAUGGUUUUGUUUCAAAUUAGGAGUGGUGUGAAGUAUGAACGCUCCUUCUUUAGGAAGCGCUAAUGGUUGGAAGGGCUAUAUUAUUGUCUCGUACGUUGCUAUGCGAUAGCUAAUAUCUAUACAUAAUCUAUCUUUAAUAAUAAAAAGACAAUAUUUCAGCCUCAUUUUUUGUCUGGGCCAUUUUUCGUCUGUCUCUCUCACAUUCGGCCUGCGGAAGCCCACUCAGCUCACGUGUGAAAGGCCCACUUGCUCUCGUUCCUGAUGAUGCACUCGCUCGCGUGUGUGCCUGCCCGAUGCUCCUCUCCCUUUGGCGGCGGCCAUGAGCACUGGCCGUGACCCAUGCGCCAUGGCUCCAUGACGGCCGUGCGCCCGCCAGCUGGCCCUCGACCAUCGGCGUCCUCCAGCCCUCUAUGUCCCAAGCUCUCUGGCCCUCCCUGUCCCAAGCUCCAAGCUCGAGUCCCUCAGUCGUCGCAAGGUGAGCCGCCGCGUUGGUCAUCGUACAUGGCGUCGCCGGAUGCUUCGUCCACACAUCAAGUCAGAAUCGAAUCUCGAAGACACCAGUUUGGCCAAAUUCCUUCCACUAUUUUUCCCCUUUAUAUAGAUUCCAGUUGAAACUGAAAUCAAAAGUUGCCAUUUGGGCAUCUAAUCUCACAGGAUUCGUUGGGACACCCUGAUCUCUGUAGGAUUCAUAGGAUCUCAUGGUGCACUCUGCUUCUCAAGGUAGCUGCGGUGAGCGGGCCAAGGUGUGCUGCUGCAGGCGGCAGCACCGCUGCUUGUUCGGGCGUCAGCCAGCGCCUGCUACUCUUCUCCAAUCUAGAGACCAAAGUCUGCAACUCCAGGCCCAGACUACUGCUAUUGAUGCCUUCAUCUUUAAGCUACCGCCGCAGGCAAGGGCAGGGCCAGGAGGAGAAGGCGGCAGAGACGGACUCAGAUUGUGCCUUCUGCCGGUCCGCGACGGCGAGGAGGUGCGCGAGCUGCGGUGCCACCACUUCUUCCACCACGCCUGCAUCGAUGCCUGGCUCGUCCGCCCGCGCGCCACCUGCCCGCUCUGUUGCGAUCGACUCCUCCCCGCCGACGUUCCGCUCACCAGCGAGAGCGGCUACAACCGCCUCUCCUCGUCGGCCUCCGCCUACACCCACGGCGGCGCGAUCUGGUGGCAUAUGACAUGAGCGACUUACGACGGCAGGUGCCCACCAACCAACCCGAGGCACCGUUUCACGCGGGGCCAUAGGCCUAGGCUCGCGCAGGGAGGAUCUGGACGCGAUAGGAGAGGAGCAGGCAGAAAAAAAAAAGGCAGACUGAAAUUUUACCUUUUUAUUAGUAGGUAUAGAUAUGUAUUUGGUGCGAAGACUGAAAGAAAAAAGGUAAUCCAAUUUCCAACAUGCAACACAUGUUGAUCAGAACUGGAUAAAGUACGGUAACAACCAAUCAUCCAGUUUAUGGAUUCUCAGGCUGUGAG